CGAAAUCCGCUCGGUGAAGUCAGCAGCCUUACGAGAUGAGCGCGGCCGGACUGUGCCUGAGACUCCUCGUGGUGACGGCGGCGGUGACUGCGACGGCGGCGUCGGUGCGCUUCCAGGUGUGCGGCGCCCACCUCGUCGACACCCUGCGCGUGGUCUGCGGGGGCGUCUACAACAAGGCCUUCUCCAAGAAGUCGCUGGAAGGCAUGCAGAUGGACGACGCGGCUGUCUUCUGGCCCCCGACCCGGGAGGAGGAGCAGCAGCAGCAGGAGGAGGGGGACCGCCCCGACUACGCCCACCCGCAGGCGCUGUUCCGAGGCAGGGCGUCGGGACGCCGCCGCAGGGGCGUCGUGGACGAGUGCUGCUUCCGGUCGUGCUCGCUGCACGAGCUGCGGCAGUACUGCGGCUAGCCGGCCGUGCGAGGGGAACUGUUACGCUUAACCCUUUUCCCCGCCUCCCCCACCCCUCCCCGCAAGGGCUAGCAACCCUCCCGCAGGCCUGUCGUCCAAGCGGUCAUUCCAUGUGAGAAGAAACUAUAUUUUGUACGCUGCAAAUUUUAUUUUGCUAAGGAAUAUUGUUCUUCUUACAACUCAAGAUAUGUUUUGUUUCAAGCAAAUGAACGCAGGAUAAAAGUUUGUAAUGUGCUCC